UUCACAGUAAACUUUAUUCACAGCUCGUCGGAAGGCGCCGCUGUCCUUGUGGAUGUUGUUAGCUGUCAAACUAGCUAGCUAGCAGCUGAAGUGCGGAGAAUAAGCGGGUCUUCUCGGUCUGUGAAGUGAAGAUCUGCUCGUUUGUGAUUUAGCUAGUUAGCAGUCCUGCGUGUGACUCCAUGGCGGCCAAGAUUUUACCCGUAUUGAAGCUUGCCACCAAGGUGGGCAUUGCUGGAGGAGCUGUAUAUGUGGCUUAUGACUCUGGACUUCUUGGAGGCAGUGAUGAGGGAUCUGUAGCUCUGAGCAAAGCUAAAGCUGCAAUUCCCCCUGCAGUGGACGAAUGGACGAAGUACUUCGGAUUUGAACUUCCUGCUGCACCCAAAAUUGAGUUCUCCCCAGUUGAUGCGUGGAACUCAGGAGUGCAGAAGUCCAUCCAUGCUCUGUCAGUCGCUCCGACUGCAGUGUGCGACUACACAAGCCAAGGCUUCCAAUACCUGAAAGACCUGACCAAAUGAACUGAUAUCAUAACACGCUGGCAACUACAGUUACAAUUUCAGUGGCUAAACUUAAGAUCAGGUGUUUCCUAGUUCACUUUGAAUGGAUAUACUUUCCCACGAGUCAAGGAUCCCACACUGAAUCACUGCAUUCAAUGGAGAGAUUCUCUUUAAGACACAUUUGAGUGUUCUGCAAGUAUGUUUUUUUUUCACAGUCUGCCUUUGUGUUACAAGUGUACAGAAAAGGAAGAUGCCUGUUUUAAAGGUAUACCAUGUCCAGUAAAAAUAAAUACAUUGAUAACAACAAAGGUAUGCAAAAUUUUAUAAGGUGGAUUGUCAUUGUAUUUAUAUAAUAAUUGUUUUCUCCAUUUUUUUUCUCAUGUUCUUUAUUAAAAUAUCCCAAUUUAAUUAUUCUCGGAUCAGUGCAAAUAAAUAAUGUGUUCAGCAAGUA